GCCAUUUGGUCUGGUUUGUGGAUGAAAAUGGACGAAUUACUGUGAAGUUUGAACAUCAGUCGAACUUUACACACGCCCUUUGCUGCUGAACAUCCUGCUCAGUGGAACUUAACUAUGUGUAUUUGCUUGUUUGUGAAAGUUUGAGGACACAGACUGAUUUUGCGGCUAGAAUAUACUCGCUCACUUUCUGAGGAAAUACUGUAUCACUCCCCUGCCCAGUGGCUCAACUGCCCCGAAGAGACUUUCCACAUUGAGAGGUCCGCGUCCGUUUGGUGUUAGCCGAGGAAGAUGCUGUGUGUGUGGAGAGAGCGUGCACGAGCUCCCGGCCCGCUGCUCGCGCUGCUGUUCCUCGGCGGAACCUUCGUGUGCAAUACAGAUGGCAGCGAUUACAGUGAAGUUCUGCCGGACUCUUUUCCCUCUGCACCAGCUGAGCCUCUGCCUGAGUUCCAGAGCGAGCCGGAGGACACAUUCAUUGUGAAGAACAGACCAGUGAAACUCUCCUGCAAAGCAUCUCCCGCCACCCAGAUCUAUUUCAAAUGCAACGGCGAGUGGGUCAACCAGAACGACCACGUCACCAGAGAGAGCCUGGACCAGGUCACAGGUCUGGUGGUGCGUGAGGUGGACAUCUCAGUGUCCAGGGUUCAGGUUGAGGAACUCUUUGGCUUGGAAGAUUACUGGUGCCAGUGUGUAGCCUGGAGCUCUGCUGGUACCACCAAGAGCCGCCGUGCAUACGUUCGCAUCGCAUACCUCAGGAAAAACUUUGAGCAGGAGCCACUCGGCAGGGAGGUGCGUCUGGAACAGGAAGUUCUGCUGCAGUGCCGCCCACCAGAAGGGAUCCCACCUGCUGAGGUAGAAUGGCUGAAGAAUGAGGAUCUUGUUGAUCCUGUGCAGGACUCCAACUUCCUUAUAACCAUUGACCAUGACCUCAUCAUCAAGCAGGCACGUCUUUCUGACACAGCUAAUUACACAUGUGUGGCCCGAAAUGUAGUUGCCAAGCGACGCAGCAGCACUGCUACACUCAUCGUCUACGUGAGUGGAGGCUGGUCAUCCUGGACAGAGUGGUCAGAGUGUAAUGCACGUUGUGGGCGGGGCUGGCAGCGACGGACACGUAGUUGCACCAAUCCGGCACCACUUAAUGGAGGUGCUUUUUGUGAGGGCUCACCCUUUCAAAGAGUCACAUGCAACACCCUCUGUCCAGUGGAUGGAGGCUGGACGGAGUGGGCUAAGUGGUCAGCGUGUGGGACCGAGUGCACACACUGGCGCAGCCGUGAGUGCCAAGCUCCUCCCCCACGUAACGGAGGACUCCACUGCAGCGGCAGCAUGAUGGAGAGCAAGAACUGUACCGAGGGACUGUGUGCCCGCUAUAAAACAGUUUCUGUUGAACAUACAAACCAUCUGGAUUCAGGGGCAGGAGUGGCUAUGUAUGCAAAGCUGGUGGGGGCUCUGUUGUUGUGUGUAAUCCUUGUGCUCAGUGUGGGCAUCCUGGCUUACCGCCGUAGCUGUCGCCAUUUCCACGGAGAUAUAACUGACUCCUCAUCUGCCCUUGCUGCUGCCUUCCAUCCUGGCAAACCGCCAAGACAAGAUAACCUUCAUGUGCUGCACUCCUCAGCUCCCCCCGACCUCACUGCUAGUGCCGGAACAUUUCGGGGGCCGAUCUUCUCCUCCCUGCAUCAGAGCACACUUGACUCGCACCACAAGAUCCCCAUGACCAACUCACCCCUGCUAGAUGCUCUGCCCAGCCUCAAGAUUAAAGUGUAUGACUCAUCUACCAUGUCAUCGCUGGAGCUGCCCACCAGCCUGGGAUGUGCCGAUGAAGACAUCAUGACCUUGAAGACGAUGGGCAGCGGUGCACGAGAGCCUCGCACACACACUCUGUCUGCUGAACCGGGCCACAGCACAAGUGCCACACUAGGCAGCCUCGGCGGGCGCCUCACCAUCCCUAACACAGGUGUGAGCCUACUGGUGCCGCCAGGAACCAUUCCUCAGGGGAAAUUCUAUGAAAUGUAUCUCAUCAUCAACAAAUGGGAGAAGACUACGUUGCCAUCGGAGGGUGGUCAGACAGUCUUGAGUCCGGUGGUGAGCUGUGGACCCUCAGCCAUGCUGCUAAGCCGCCCUGUCAUCCUCACCCUGCCCCACUGCGCCCAUCUCGAGACUCCCAGCUGGAGCCUUUCUCUCAAAACACAGAGCAACCACGGAGUCUGGGAGGAGGUGCUGACUGUAGGAGAAGAGAGUCUGUCCUCACCAUGUUAUAUGCAGCUGGAGGAGCAGAGCUGCCACAUUCUGAUGGAGCACUUAGGCACCUAUGGUCUGGUGGGACAGUCAGUUCCUCCUCAGCCUGCUUGUAAAAGGCUGCAGCUUGCCCUGUUUGCUCCUCGAGCUCCUUGCCUCUCUCUGGAUUACAGUCUGAGGGUCUACUGCAUACAAGACACGCCAUAUGCCCUAAAGGAAGUGUUAGAAUUAGAGCGAACACUUGGUGGGGUAUUAUUGGUGGAUCCCAAAUCACUCCUCUUUAAGGACAGUUACAACAACCUGCGACUGUCAGUCCAUGACAUCCCGCACUCUCAUUGGAGGAGCAAACUUCUUGCCAAGUAUCAGGAGAUCCCAUUCUACCACAUCUGGAAUGGGAGCCAGCGGCCCCUGCACUGCACCUUUAGCCUUGAGAGAGGCAGCCUGGCCGUGUCCCAGCUCAGCUGUAAGAUCUGUGUGAGGCAGGUGGAAGGGGAGGGACAGAUAUUCCAGCUCUACACAGACAUCCAGGAGACAUUGCCCCCCCAUUCACCGCUGCCUGCAACAGGAACUAGCCUGCCGUCAUCUCAGGUGGGUCCUUAUGCGUUCCGCCUGCCGGCCUCCAUCCGCCAAAAGAUCUGUGCCAGUCUUGAUGCCCCCAGUGCCCGCGGCUGUGACUGGAGACUACUUGCACACAGCCUGGGCUUUGACAGGUACCUGAACUACUUUGCCACAAAGCCAAGCCCCACAGGUGUGCUGCUCGACCUCUGGGAAGCCUGUCACCACAGUGAUGCCGACCUGGUCUCCCUGGCGACUGCUCUGGAAGAGAUGGGCAAAAGUGAGGUCUUAGUUGUCAUGACGACAGAUGAGGACUGCUGAUUGGGUAAUCAAAACCUGUAAAAAGGAAAGAAAUGUGCCACCAUGAAUAAAGCAAUCAUUAAUGCCAGUGGAUGGACAUGAAGAUGUGACCACACAGCCGGACUCGUCACCAUGUGUGUGCACACAGAAGAUACAGAGCUGCAAGGCGCUGGCUCCAUGAUCUCUCAGUCUUACACACACUACUACACUCAGUCACAACAGACAUGAACCAAAAAAAUGUGAUGUCAUUUGAAUGAAAACAUGUAAAACAUGUGGGUUUUUUUAUCUUAAAACAGGUAGCAGAUUUAAAUCUUGGCCUGUCUGCAUGAAUCAUGUGUACAAGCUCAUGGUUCAAGGAUGCGUUUUGCCCGCUCAGACGUGAAUAAUUUUUCAUCUAAACACAGGCACACACGCACGCGCACACACACACACACACACACACACACACACACAUACACACACUCAGACUACAUGCUGGAAGCCAAGUGUGAAAGUGCAUGAUUAAGCAUCACUUAAGGUUGUGAUUGAGCUUUUGUUUCUUAGUGAUUAUCGGAGGCUUAAAGUCACCAUCAAACAGACUGUGGAGUGAAGCACUUUCUCAAGCUGCUCACACACACACACACACACAGACGCAGAAACAGCAGUACUGCAAUAGUUUUUUAGUUUUACCAUUUUCAUUUACAGCAUACCGAGACUAGCCUGUAGCGAACCUGACACUGCACUUCACCUGUUUGGCAAAAUUGUUGACAUGUUUAUGAUUAGCAAAAAGAAACAGGGCGCUUCUGUUGUUGCAAGAAAUUAGGUAUGCACGUUUCCCAUUUUCAGUACAAUAAGUAUUGCGUAUCUCCUGAUACCUGGUACUGAUUCAGUACAGUCAUCCUUACAGGAAACAAGCCAAAAUUCUGCAAGCUGCUGUUGCCUAGUUAUGCAAAAUAUCAGACAUGAUGGUGCCGUGUUCAAGUCAAGGUCACUCACCUUCAUGCCAAAACACGUCAGAGGAUCAGAUCCAACAAUCCACUGGUUCAGGCACGUAUCAGUGCAUCUCUAGAGGAAAGCUUUUAUGAACUGCAUUUCCCUUUUACUUUAGUCAUCUUGGUUUCUUUUAAUGAAAUUUACUCUUCAACACAUCAUAUACAAUAAAAUGCAGAAGAGCUAUCACACAAGUUUCCUAUAGGGAACGCACUUUUUAAUUUACUGUCCAUAUUAGUGGAUUAUUGUUUCAUUCUCUCUUGCUGUAGCUGCUGUAAUGUUAUUGAGGAGAACGACUGCAUUUGUGCUUGACUGCUGUUACAUUACGUUACACAAACAGGGAGUGGUUAAAAAGUGCUUAAAGGACUACAUGUUUUGUGGCAAGGUUUUCUAAAUGCUGUAUAAUACGUCAUGAGUAAACUGUCAUUUCAGGCAUUGAAACAGACAUGAAAAAUGUGAGCUCUGAUUCUGUGAUCCUGUGUUUGGUUCAACUCAAGCCAUUAAUCACUGCUCAGAGUCUUAAGGUCAGCCAAUUGUAGGCCUUGUGUUAAGUGUCUUUGGAAAUGGCAUGGCUGCUCUUUGGACUGCAUUGUGUCACGUUCACUGUCUUUGACUGUGGGUUGGAAAUGUUACUAUAGUGUGAGACUAACAGCCAUGGCUGUCAUGGGCCUUUUACCAUUUGUCCAUUUUGAUGUUGUAUCAUUAGCAUAUUGUGACCUUAAUAUUAUAAGGUUCAGUCUGGCAUUUUGGCUGGAAAUGAGUUCAGCACAUUAGUUGGAACAUAACUUCACAUUUGGUAUUAUUAUUCUCUCUCUCUCUCUCUCUCUCUCUCUCUCU